UGCAUAUGUGUCUGAUUAUUUCAUUUCAGUGUGUGAAUGGCUUUUAGGCAGCGUCGUGGAAAUCUGUCCACUCUCAUUGUUUCUCUCCAAAAAUAGCAACCCACAACACAAAACCAAAGCUUUUCAAUUCCAUGGCACUGCCACUUUCAUGCUGAGCUGCGUCUUCCUCAACACCUUCCACAAUCUCACUAUUUCAAGUACACUACUUCCAAUUGCAAACUCACACACACACCUUCCACAAUCUCACUCUCUCUCUCGAUGCCUCUUUCUCUUUCACUGUAAUUAUCUCUCCCUCCAUCAGCUUCUCUGCUUAAGUCAUAUUCAUCUCUUUCUUCUCUCUUUCUCAUCACUCACUUCUUCUGCUCUUUUCCUUUUCUUCCCAAUCUCUUUCGUUUCUUGAGAAUCCAAAAGCUCCAUAAACUUAUGCCUUCAAGAAGACUAAAUUUGUUUGCUUUUUGUGUCUUGCUUUGUUGGACACUCGUGUGCAACAAUGUUUUCUCAAUGGUUUCUCUUUGUUAGCUUUCUGCUUCUUUGAGGGUAUGCAAAAGGAAAUUCAAGUUCAGUUUGAGCUACAGAAGCACUGUUAGGACUUAGGACACUGUUCAAGAGUCAAUUAUUGUUUGGGUUGUGUCUUGCAGUUGAAUGUAAUGGAAUCUUGGAGCUAUGUUCCUCAAGAAAAGGAGUAUGUCUCCAAUGACACACUGUCACCUCCCAACACACUUGGGAGAAGCAAAAAUUUAUUCUUGGGUUGGGAACUGAAAACCCCAUCAAGUUUUUCCAACGACAUGUUGCCUUUGGGUCAACAAAACACUGAGAAUCAAGGUUUUGAGGAAUUGGGUUUUCCCGAAAUGUUGGGGAAACAGUUGUCUGAUGAUCUAAUUGGUAGUGUUCCAAGCAGAAAGGUGGAUGGUAGACACAGUAGCAGAAACACUAGUACUGUUGUGGAUGCCCCAAAUGCAUUUUCUCAAAGAGGGGACUCAAAUUCCAAACUUUCAAACUCUGUGGUGGACUCCAAUACCCGGGAUUCCCUCAUUGACUUGAAGCUGGGUCGUUUUGCUGAUCAUGGGGAUGCCAUUGAUCCAGCAUUUUCCAAAGCAGCACCAAUAUUGUCUUCUUCUGAGUCAUCAACACCCCCUAAGAGAGUGAGAGCGUCGGGGGUUCACUCUCAGAUUGCAUACUGCCAAGUCUAUGGUUGUAACAAGGAUCUCAGCUCCUGUAAAGACUACCACAAGAGGCACAAAGUUUGUGAGGUUCACUCCAAGACUGCCACAGUUAUAGUCAAUGGCAUUGAGCAGAGGUUUUGUCAGCAAUGUAGUAGGUUUCAUUUGUUGGCUGAAUUUGAUGAUGGCAAGCGCAGCUGCCGUAAACGCCUUGCAGGCCAUAAUGAGCGUAGAAGGAAACCACAAGUGGGUAUUCACUCCGGAAAGUCUGGGAGGUUGCUUCAUCCAUGUGAUAGCAGAUUCCAGGGAACCAUGCUAACAUCAACAUCUUUUAUCCGCCCAGAGAUGCUCCCAAAUGAAGUCAUGCGUUCUGAGAAAUAUGGUAUGAGUGGCUUCUGGAGACCUAUAAAGGCAGAAUACGUGGCUGGUCCUAGGCAUCUUUCUUCUAUGCCUAUUACCAAUGGGCAUCCUGAGUCAAGAUCUCUAUUUCUUUCGUAUAAUGAUAAACAAUUUCCCUUUCUUCAUGAAAAUGGUGCUACAUCCACCACAGGAAGCAUCUUCUGUGAAAACAACCAAUAUCCACCGACCCUUGGGGCCCAAAUUUCUGGUUUAAGACCACUAUUCCAGGGAACUUCGUUAGGAAGUGAGGACUUCAAUGUUUUUGAUACAGCAUCAACUGUUCAAGGAUUAUCAGGGAUUUCAGACUCAUGUUGUGCUCUCUCUCUUCUGUCAUCUCAAUCCCAGAACUCUUCAAGCCAAUCAUCAGGAAUUCCCUUGGCUCACUCCUUGGUUAUUCCAAGCAGUCAUAGCCAUCACUACAACAUGAGUCAGGUCUCUGAAAAGAUAGGAAUAAGCUCACAGACUUCAUCUAACCGAGUGUCAGAUAGUUUUCCAUCGGAAUUAAAUCCUGCGGAUGGAAGUCAUCUCAGUCCUGUAUUGAUGUCAGACAAUAAUGAUAUUGUUAACUUCGAUAUGGCAGAUGGAAUUUUCCAAGGUUCGGAUUUCAUGAAUGUGAAAGAUCGUCUUUCCUGUGAAGAUGGUGCAACCAUUGACUUGCUACAGCUGUCAUCACAGCUUCAGCGAGUUGAGCAUCAGAGGCAAUCCUUGCAGAUUAAGCAAGAGAAUGAUUCUUUUUGCACUCUUCGGAUUACUUAAGGUGCUUUUGAAGAGGAAACAAGUUGUGCAGCAUGUGACAGACACACCUUUGCUAGUCAACUUAGACAAUUUAGGCAUCAGGGAAAUGAAAACUUGAAAUGGUGCCAUUCUCAUCUGCUGCUAACUACUAAAAUAGCUUGCUUUUGCUGAUUCUGUUCAAGAACUUAUCUGUAGAAUAACUGAUCAACUAAACACAUAAGGCUAUAUGUCCAUGCUAUUAGUUGGGACAAAGUUGUCCCUCUCAGUGUUAAUAUAUUCUUCUGGAUGUAAUAAACAAAAACCUUUGGUGUAUCAAAAUGUGCUCUUCAGGGGAUAAACACUUCAAUCAGGACAAUUGCUUACUAGAAAUAUUGUCCUAUCUCGUGCAAUCUAUGGUAAUGCCCUUUUUUUUUUUGUAAUGGUGAAAUAUUAAUCUGGUACGGAGUAUUGUUGUAAGAGCAAUGCUACUUCAGCAUCACUUUUUCACAACAAUUUCUACAUC